GGCGGGAGCAGGGCGGGGCCUAGGCACUAGGCGGCGGCGGCGGGCGUGGGGCUCCUUAGAUGCGCCACGGCUUCGGUAGCGACGGUACCUCUUGCCGGGUCUGAGUGUCGCCAGCCCCUCCCCCAGGAGACCGUUGCAGUUGGCCGCCCCCUGCUCCUCGGUAACCAUGUGCGACCGAAAGGCCGUGAUCAAAAACGCCGACAUGUCGGAGGAGAUGCAACAGGACUCGGUGGAGUGUGCGACUCAGGCGUUGGAGAAAUAUAACAUAGAGAAGGACAUUGCGGCCCAUAUUAAAAAGGAGUUUGAUAAGAAGUACAACCCCACCUGGCACUGCAUCGUGGGGAGGAACUUCGGUAGUUAUGUGACACAUGAAACCAAACACUUCAUCUACUUCUACCUGGGCCAAGUGGCCAUUCUUCUGUUCAAAUCUGGUUAAAAGCAUGGACUGUGUCACACACCCAGUGAUCCAUCCAAAACCAAGGACUGCAGCCUAAAUUCCAAAUACCAGAGACUGAAAUCUUCAGCCUUGCCUAGGGGAACACCUCGAUCUUUGAACCUUUAUUGUGUUGUUUUGUACAGGGCAUUCUCUGUACAAAUUUGUUGUGGUUAUAAAACAAUUAGCAAAACAGCUUACAUUUGUAUUUAUUUUCUAUUCCAUACCUCUUCCCCAUGUUUUUUCCCCUCAAAAUCCAUUCCUUUCAAAAUAAAUCUGUUGGAGAAGUGUGUGUU